AUGUCGUCUGCUGCCAAACAGAUCCUUAAGAACAAGUUCCAGGCACUUAGCAAGAUACGGUCUGAGAUCUUUGGUACCAACUUUAAUCCAGAAGGCAAAAGAACUGGGGCCAAAAUACUACGUCAACGUCUUGUGGGACCAACCGUCUCGAAUUAUUACAAUGAUCCUAACUUGAUCCAGUUCAGACAUUUGAAAGCAAUUUACCCACAGUUUGACUUUGUCAAUGAGGAAGAGGAAUACCGUCUUACAAUGGUGGCAGCACGUAAAAGAAGAGGUAAAGGUGCUCCAGCUAAGACCAAAGGAGGUGAUAAGAAGAAGAAGAAAUGA